UCACCACUGGAGACGUGGCUACGUCCUUCUGCCAUAUUGUUAAGUUAUCUCAAUUCUAGCUAGCUUUGACAGAUGAGCUAAUCAAGAGUGAUAUUAUCUUAAUUACAUUUUUGACAAACUUGGAAGAAAUACGACUGUCACGUUAAGGGAUUCUACCAGAUUAUAUCACAGGAAACCCAAAAUGGUACUUCUAGCGGCUGCAGUGUGUACCAAGGCAGGAAAGCCCAUUUUGUCCCGGCAAUUUGUGGAAAUGACAAGGACGCGUAUCGAGUGCCUCCUUGCGGCCUUCCCAAAGCUGAUGAACAUGGGCAAGCAGCACACGUUUGUGGAGACGGACAGCGUGCGUUACGUCUACCAGCCCCUGGAGAAGCUGUACAUGGUCCUCCUCACCACCAAGAACAGCAACAUCUUAGAGGACUUGGAGACCUUGCGGCUCUUUUCGCGUGUGAUCCCUGAGUACUGCCGCACACUGGACGAGGGGGAGAUCUCUGACCACUGCUUUGAUCUCUUAUUCGCCUUUGAUGAGAUUGUGGCCCUUGGAUACAGAGAAAGUGUCAACCUUACCCAGAUCCGCAUGUUCACAGAGAUGGACUCCCAUGAGGAAAGGGUCUUCCGUGCUGUCAGAGAGACCCAGGAGAGGGAGGCCAAGGCAGAGAUGAAGAGGAAGGCGAAGGAGCUGCAGCAGGCGCGGAGGGACGCCGAACGCAGUGGGAUAAAAGCCCCAUCUUACGGAGGCUUCGGUGGGGCCAGCACCGCCCGCUCAGCUGCUGUCAUCAAAGACACGUUUGAACCAGAGAGGCCCAAAGUGGCCCCUGCUCCCAUCAGACCGAGUGGUCCAAACAAGGCUCUGAAGCUGGGCUCCAGAGGGAAGGAGGUGGAUGACUUUGUCGAUAAACUGAAGUCUGAAGGGGAGAACAUCAUCAUGCCUGUUACAGGAAAGAAGCAAUCAGAUGCCAGCAAAGCCUUACCGCCACCUGUCAACACAGAGAGUGUUCAUUUGAGGGUUGAAGAGAAGGUGUCCCUGGCCUGUGGCCGCGAUGGAGGUUUGCAGAGCAUGGAGAUCCUCGGCAUGAUCACACUCCAAAUUAGCGAUGAGAAGAGCAGCCGCAUUCAGCUGCACGUCGCCAAUAAUGAUAAAAAAGGAGCUCAGCUACAGACUCAUCCCAAUGUAGACAAGAAGCUCUUCUCAUCUGAGUCUCUGAUUGGACUGAAGAAUGCAGAGAAGUCUUUCCCUCUAAACAAUGACAUAGGGGUUCUGAAGUGGAGGUUGCAGACCACAGAUGAGUCCUUCAUCCCUCUAACGAUAAACUGCUGGCCGUCAGAGAGCUCCAGUGGGUGUGAUGUCAACAUUGAGUAUGAGCUGCAGCAGAAGGGCCUUGAACUCAAGGAUGUUGUCAUUGCAAUUCCCCUGCCGUCGGGUGUGGGAGCCCCUGUGAUUGGAGAUGUGGAAGGCGAGUAUCGCCAUGACAGCAGACGGAACAUUCUGGAGUGGUCUCUCCCAGUCAUUGACGCCGAUAACAGGACUGGAAGCAUGGAGUUCAGCAUAGCUGGCCAAGCCAGUGACUUUUUCCCAAUCAGUGUGUCUUUUGUCUCUACAAACAACUACUGCGAUAUACAGGUUGUCAAAGUUACCCCUGUUAAUGGAGAUGGCCAAGUGCGGUUCUCCACAGAAACCUCGUUUGUGACUGAUAAAUAUGAGAUAUUGUAACAGAGAAGUGACACUUAGCUCAUCUAUCUUUUUGUGGGUUCAGUACCUAUCAAUUGGACUUUCCCUUCAGAAAAUAAUUUUAUUUUGUGAUGAUAUUGAUGUGUAUAUAUACGGUUUCAUCAGAAGAAGAGAAUAUACAUUUAAGUAUUAAAAGUUAAAAUGAACCAAAUAUGGAAGAACAGCGCCAGAUUGCCAAGGAAUCAGCCUAACUGGUUGAGCAACACCCACAGUGCACUUAAAGACAGACUCGGCACAUCUGUCAAAGAGGCUUGAUAUUUCUUCAUCAUCCACAUCGUUUCUGUUGUGAGGUGUCCAGAGCCUGUUGCAGUAAGACUGCACCAUUCUUGUUUGCGUCAUGACAUUGCAGGUGCAUCAAUAUCAGACCAAAGUGGAAAAUAAAUAGAAUUACAGGAAACAUCAGCUCCAUAUCAGCUGCCUAUUUUUUGGGAAAUUACCAUGAAGGGGCACACUAUUUCUCUAUUAACUUCACUUUUUUUACAAGGAGUAUAGAUUUAUUUUUGCCAGUAUGUGUUAUGUUAUUUAAUGCUGACAUUUUAUAACUGUCAAGUGGUUGGCUUUGCUGUUCUCAUAUUUACUCACUCUAUUUACUCAGUUUAAAAGGCAGUUCUGUUUCAGGUGGACAAUAUAUGUCCAGGUUCCCCCACUUGUGUGGUUUUGGCUUAAGUAACGUACUUCCUUUUGUUGUGUGUGUACGGUAUCUUCCUAGAAAGGACGAGCAGGUUGAGCUCAACAGCUCAACAGAUCCCUCAUUAAGCACUAUUGUUACUUUAAAUAACAUGACAAUAAAGUGACAUCUAGGUAAUUUAUAACAAAAUGCUUCAGUUCCUGUAGCUCUUGAAUUGUCUUUGUUAAAGGUGUUUGUGAACUCCGUAACAACACAUUUCUGCUAUAAGAGUGUCUUUUUUUUUUUUACAUGUACAUUUCUAUGGUGCAAAAAAAAAAAUUGAAAUCAUGGAAUUUUAAUAUAAAAUGUUUGAGAAAUUACAUUCCACUGUACAAAUACAUAUUAUAUAAACUUUAAUAAAAGCAGUUAUUAAAUUA